CUCACCUUUCUUUUGGCCAUUUUGCAGGCUUUCUCGGUCAGGCUUCAAAGCAAGAAGUGCACCAUUUCACCAAUGUCGAACAUUUUCAGCCCAUUUCAAUAAAUUUUCCGUCGCCGAUCGGCCAGCGACGAUGGCGGAGGCGGAAUCGUCCGUCAAACCAAAGCCCCGGCCGAUUAUUCGCAUCGGACUGUUUCUGAUUUCACACAGUUUUUUAGUCAGCGUCGUGUGUUGCUUAGCAGGAGUUUUAACUCUGCUUCUCUUGCCUGCUCUUGCUAAGAACACGUAUAUCUCUGAAAAUGCCCUGAUGCCUGGUUCUGCAAGUCCUAUGCUCUCUACCGAAGAUGCUUCAGAUGGGAACAAAUUUUUGAACAAGAUACUGAACUGGGGUUCAAAGACUUCUAGCUCUGACAUUGAGAUUCCAGAGGUGAUUGCAAAGCACAUGUUGGAGUUGGGUGCUGAAGUUAAUUAUCACAAGUUCCGGCCGGGUUCUAAUAAAUUUAAUCCACUGCACUUUUUCUCGGGUCCCGAGGCAGGAAUAGUCCAAGAUAACAGUUCAUCUUAUGGGGUGAACACAGUUGGAAUCGUUAGAGCUCCACGUGGUGAUGGAAAAGAAGCUAUUGUGAUGGUCACCCCUUAUAAUUCUGUCAAGAUUACCAUGGGUGAAGCUUUAUCUCUUGGAGUUGCAUACUCAGUCUUCUCUCUACUCUCUCGAGUUACUUGGCUGGCUAAGGAUAUUGUUUGGAUUGCUGCUGACUCAAAGCAUGGGGAAUAUGCUGCAGUUGCUGCAUGGCUUAGAGAUUAUCAUACGCUUUCAGUUGGUGACUUGAAGCUGCAUCCAGAUAUGUGUGGUGCUAAUACUUUGCCAGUUCAUAAAAUGACAAAUGUUAUUGGAGAUUCAGUAUCUAAUGGCUUUCGACGUGCUGGCACAAUGGCUGCAGCACUUGUCAUUAAGGUUGCUGAUAGCAGCAAUGAGUUUGAGAGGGAUGUCCUUAACAUAUAUGCUGAAGCGUCGAACGGGCAGAUGCCUAAUCUAGACCUUAUAAACAUUGUUAAUUAUUUGGCUGUACAUGGACAUGGUUUACAAGUGAGAGUAGAAAAAGUUUGGUCAUUGAUUGAUUCUUGGUGGCUUAAAAGUCUGGGUGAACUAAUCGAGUUUCUAGGACAGGUUGCCAAAAGCCUAAAUCCACGAUGGAAAUUUGGCAUUCCUGUUUCUGAUUAUGUUGAAGGUUCUGCCACGCUGGCAAGUUCACUAUAUAAACAGGCAUUAGGUGUUCCAACUGGCCCACAUGGUGCGUUCCGUGACUAUCAGAUUGAUUCAAUCACUUUGGAAAUCUCACCCAAGUUUCCCUCAAGUCAUAGAGUUCAGUUCCUUAUACGAGUUGGCAGGUUGGUUGAAGGAGUCAUCCGGUGUGUGAAUAAUCUCCUUGAGAAAUUUCAUCAGUCCUUUUUUCUGUAUCUCUUGACAUCUCCAAGCAGGUUUGUUUCAGUUGGUGUCUACAUGAUUGCCUUUGCAUUGCUCAUUGCUCCUCUUCCAUUGGUUGCCGCUUUUCUUUACUCUGAUACACCUAAAUCAAAGCUUGGGGAAGAUAAAAUCUCAUCUAAACCAGCUUCUUCUGAUGAAUCCGUCUCAACUUUUGCGUCAUGGAAAUGGCUUUCUGCUGCAAAAACUGUCCUCGCUGUGCACUUAUGGGGAGUGAUCGUCACGUUACUUCCUUAUUUCAUCUCCCAAAUCCCCAAUAACUCUCCAUCAAGGAACCUUCUAGCUUGGGUCGCGCUCUCUGCAGUGAGCUUCAUCUUCAUGCACACCCUAUCUGGCUCUUACCCAUUCUUAAACAGAAAUCAACCACGAAAACACGAAUGGGCUCUUCUUAAGUCUGUAAACAUCACAGCUGCUUUCGUGGGACUAUGUCUCAUGUCUGUGAUAAACUUUGCAACAGCUGAAAUUGGGGCAUUGUUAUUGGUUCCUAUGUGUUUGUCCGUCGUACCCUUGAGGCUUGAUUUUAAAAAUGCAAAAAAUACGUUUAUGGCGUUCGCUCGGGGAGCUUGUAAUGUGCUUUUGGUGUUUGUGGGGUUUCCUCCAACCAUGGCGCUUCUCGUAAAAGGUGCGAUAGAUGGUUUUGACAACAUUAGGUUUGGGGAUUUCUGGAUUUGGGCUGAAAACCUUUGGGCAUGGAACAGUGCUUCCUAUGUUUACAUAUGCAUGGUUCACCUACCUUGUUGGGUACUAUGUGUUCACACUUUAUUGUAUCCUUGUUAGUGUUACGCUUGUAGUCUUGUACCUUGUAUGAAUUAUUCAGAUAACGAGACAGUGGAUAUACCCUACUUUGCAUGUUUUUUUUUUCCUUAACAAAAGUAACAACCAUAACAAUACUUUUAUCAAUCAAGCUUUUUAUAUCCC